AUGAACAAUACCGAAGCUAAUAACAACGCCCCCAACAACGUAAGUGGUCUCGGACGCCGUCGUGGAAAUGGACGUGGAGGCAGACGUGAACGUGGCAGACGCACUGGCACCUUUGUGUUUGUUGCCGAUCCUACCGUUCAGCAAGACACCACUCCUGUUAACAACGGUAACACCGAAGCUGACAGUAACGCCAAUGUCGAUGAUGACGAUGAGCCUGAACAACCAUCUUCACGGUCCUACCAUGUAUGGCCUGAUGUUGCUAUUUGUGUCCUCCUUGAAAUUAUGGCUGGUACCUACAGCUACUUGCUGAGAAGAAGCGAUACUGCCUUAAUGCAGCUUAUCUGGGUACAUUCACCUGCUUUACUGAAGGAAAAGUUAGCUGAGAAUGCUAGCACCGAUGUACUCAGGACUUUUUUGGCAAACAUCAGCGAAACAAGUAUGCAAAGAAAGUGGGCAGAUAUGAAGCAGCGUUUUACCACAGUAAGAAAUGCAGCAAGAGAAACCGGAGUUGGUGGAACUGUUCCAAACAUGCCUUAUUACGAAGAAAUUGCUAAGAUUACUCAGGAUGAUCCAAGCAUCCCGCCUGAAGUGAUCUACGAAAACAUCAACAUGGAAGAGAGUGGUAUCCGGUCGUACAGACAAUUUAACGACGACAAUUUGAUGAAUGCUAUUGGAUCCAAUGGCCCCGAAAGAACUUACUUGGCACCUACAGAAGUUGAUCAACUUGUAAUUCAAAAAACAUUUGUUGAUCGAUAUCCUGCUAGAGAUUUUACCAACAAUGAAGGACCUGCAAACAGCACGAACACCAACACCAACACCAGCAACAGCACCCACACCCACAUCAACACCAACAGCCGUACCAAACUCAACACCAACAACCGAACAACCAACACCAACACCAAUACCAACACCAACACCAACACCAACACCAACACCAACACCAACACCAACACCAACACCAACACCAACACCAACACCAACACCAACACCAACACCAACACCAACACCAACACCACACCAACACCAACACCAACACCAACACCAACACCAACACCAACACCAACACCAACACCAACACCAACACCAACACCCACACCCACAUCAGCAUCCGCAGCACCACCAACAUCGAAAGGCACAACACCUACACCACUACCUUUAUUAGCACCUCCUCCUCCAUAUACACCCGCACCACCUCCACCAAGACCUGCCCGUACAUCGAGAAAUAGUCGAACGUCUGGUGGGCAGUCUUCAUCAACUCAUGAUCCUAUUGAAGCUGCUCGUCAGUUGUCUGACGAGCAUAUGGCACGUGCCCGCCAACUUGCUGUAGAGAUGAUGGAUCGCCUGGCAGCAUCGCAAAGGGAAGAUCGAGAACAAAGACUUCUCGAUGUUGAUAACAUGCUGCAACGUAUCAGUCGUACUCGACAAAUUGCAUUGGAAGAUAUGCAAGCAAGACGGCGACAAGAGACCAGAGAGAGAUACCGUAUGUUCGAAGAAGUAAGAAGUAGACGAGAGGCUGACAUGGAAGAGCAUAGACGUAGACGUAUGUCUGAUAUGGAGACUAUCCUGAAUAGAUUUGCAGCCAUUCGCAGAGGUGAUAGUGAUACCAAUAUUAAUGGUUCAUCUUCUACUGACAUUAAUAAUUAA